UUUUUUUCAGGGCAAAAUUAUGUCUAUUUUUCGAGUAAAGCUUGGUAGAUUAUGGGGACAAUAUAUACCGUAUACAUCAAGGAAAAUUCUUAGGAAAAAAGCACAGUUUUCCUGUAACUUGUUUAGUUUAAGGUUUUAUCCAAGAGAGGAUUUUGAAACAUAUUCAUUAGGAGGAAAAAAAUUUGAAAAAAGUUCAUUCAGAAUAGAUAAACGAUUAGAUGUAUAUUACCUUAGAGGAUUGGUUCGAGUAACGGUUUUGACGUCUAAAAAGAACAUAUCUAAUCUGUCAUGUGUGAGAUCUAGAGUACGGCGGCGUUUGAGAGAAGCAGUACGUCAAGUUUUGCUUUAUCAAAAUAAGAAAGGAUUCCCGUAUUUGCCAAUUUCUCCAUAUGAUUUGUAUUUCGUGGCUACUAUAAAUGUGUUAUAUGAAGAAUGGGGAACAUUGGUUGAUUAUGUAAAAAAGGGAUUACAGAAAGCUCAUGAAGCGUUAAAUACAGAAAAAGGGUCUGGAGGUUUUGUAUCAAUGAAAAUAGAUGAUAUAGAGUCACUUUCAUUUGAUUUAAAAAAUAAAGAAAACUUUAUUGACCGAAAUCUUUCUACUUUUGAUGUUAAAUCGAUAGUUAAUUUGAGAAAACAGAAUAAAUUUUCACAGUGUGAUGAACCGAUGAGGCUUUUGUUUAUUCAAUCUGUUUUGCGAUUAUCUCAUUGUCCUAGAACAUCAAUUGUUGCUCUUUCUAAAAAUAUAGACAUUUUAUUAGAACAUUACAAAUUAAGAAAGAUUACGCCAUUUGAUAUACAGAUGCUUCAAUAUGUUUCUAGGACAGGCUUAUAUUUUCCAGAAUUAAUAUCUGAUUAAUAAAACAUAAGGAAUAUAUAGUUAUAUAUUAUCAUUUAAUAUAAGGGAAAUUUGGUUAUUUGGAAUA